GGUCGCGGCGUGGGAAAGAGCCGUGAGGAGCCGAGCGUGUCGCCGUGGGAGCCGCGCCCGCCGAGGCCCAGCGGGGAGGAGGGAAGGAGGCGGGCGGGCAGGGCGCCGCGCCCCACUCGGCGUCCGUGGCUGCGGCCCGCGCCGUCUUCCCCACGAUGAAGCGCCCUUGCGAGGAGACGACCUCCGAGAGCGACAUGGACGAGACCAUCGACGUGGGGAGCGAGAACAAUUACUUGGGGCAAAGUACUGGUUCCGUGAUAAGAUCGAAUUCUCCCACAACAACAUCUCAGAUUAUGGCGAGAAAGAAAAGAAGAGGGAUCAUAGAGAAAAGGCGGCGGGAUCGGAUAAAUAAUAGUUUAUCUGAAUUGAGAAGACUGGUGCCAACUGCUUUUGAAAAACAAGGUUCCGCAAAGUUAGAGAAAGCUGAAAUCCUGCAAAUGACAGUGGAUCAUUUGAAGAUGCUUCAGGCAACAGGAGGUAAAGGCUACUUCGACGCCCACGCUCUUGCCAUGGACUUCAUGAGCAUCGGCUUCCGAGAGUGCCUGACGGAGGUGGCCAGGUACCUGAGCUCUGUGGAGGGCCUGGACUCCGCAGAUCCCCUGCGCGUGCGCCUGGUCUCCCAUCUCAGCACGUGCGCCUCCCAGCGAGAGGCCGCAGCCAUGACCUCCUCCAUGGCCCACCACCACCACGCUCUGCACCCACACCACUGGGCCGCCGCCUUUCAUCACCUGCCUGCUUCCCUGCUCCAGCCCAACGGACUCCACGCCUCGGAGUCAACCGCUUGUCGCCUCUCCACAUCUUCCGAAGUGCCUCCUACCCACGGCUCUGCCCUGCUCACGGCCACAUUCGCCCAUGCGGAUUCUGCCCUCCGGAUGCCAUCCACCGGCAGUGUUGCUCCUUGCGUGCCACCUCUCUCCACCUCUCUCUUGUCGCUCUCUGCCACAGUCCAUGCCGCUGCCGCAGCUGCCACAGCAGCUGCACACAGCUUCCCUCUGUCCUUCGCGGGGGCCUUCCCCAUGCUGCCCCCAAACGCAGCCGCAGCUGUGGCAGCAGCUACAGCGAUCAGCCCUCCCUUGGCGGUGUCAGCCACAGCCAGUCCUCAGCAGACAAGCAGUGGAACAAACAGUAAACCCUACCGCCCUUGGGGGACAGAAGUCGGCGCCUUCUAAGUUCUCUGAACUUCUUGCAAUAGCAGCUGAAUGUCCUGCCUUUCAGAGUCAGCUUCAAACCUCUGUACCCUAAAGGUAGCCAGGCAAGUGGCUACAGAUUCACAAAGGAAGAAGAAAGAAAGCUAUUUGAGACACAAA